GAAAUUCAACCUCCAGCUGUACCACCACUCCUGAAAAACACAGAAGACAUGACAUCCUUGGUGGCAUCAUCUGGGUCCAUGAGGUCCUCCUUUGGGGGCACCUCCCGCUAUUCCAUGGUCAGUGGUGGUGGAGCGCGUAUGAGCAUGCGGGCUGGAAGCAUGUAUGGUGGUGCUGUGAGUGGUGGUGUCCGUAUCUCCACUGCCAGUUCAUCCCAGUUGUACUCCAGUGGUGGGGGUGCUGCUGCCGGUGCUGGCUACGGUUUUGGUGGCAGGGCAGCUGUCAGGUGCAACCUGGGCGAUGAGAUUGACAUCUCCGCCAACGAGAAGGCCACCAUGCAAAAUCUGAACGACCGCCUGGCCACCUACCUGGAGAAGGUCCGUUCCCUGGAAAAGGCCAAUGCUGAGCUGGAGCUGAAGAUCAGACAGUUCCUGGAGAGCAAAACCUCUCCUGCCACCAGAGACUACAGUGCCUUCCAGGUCACCAUCAUCGAUCUCCAGGGAAAGAUCCAGAAUGCCAUCAGUGUCAAUGGUGGAGUCUACCUUGCUGUCGACAAUGCUAAGCUAGCUGCUGAUGACUUCAGGGUUAAGUAUGAGAACGAGCUAGCCAUGCGUCAGUCGGUGGAGGCAGACAUCAUCGGGCUGAGGAGGGUUAUGGACGAGCUGACCCUCACUAGAGCUGACCUUGAGCUGCAGAUCGAGGGGCUGAGAGAGGAGUUGGUCUUCCUUAAGAAAAAUCACAAGGAGGAGCUGUUGGCCAUGCAGAUGCAGAUGAGUGGUCAGGUCAAUGUGGAGGUGGAUGCUGCUCCUCAGCAGGAUCUGACCAAAAUCAUGGAAGAGAUCAGGGAGCACUACGAGGGGGUUGCUGCCAAGAACCGCAGGGACCUAGAAUCAUGGUUCCAGUCCAAGACUGAGACACUGAACAAAGAGGUGACCAUAAACACAGAAACCCUCCAGAUUUCCAAGUCAGAAGUAACAGAGGUCAAGCGCACACUACAGAGCCUGGAGAUCGAGCUGCAGUCACAGCUCAGCAUGAAAGCGUCAUUAGAGAACACCGUGGCUGAAACACAGAAUCGUUAUGCCAUGGCACUUGCUGAAUACCAGACCUGCGUGACCAGCAUGGAGGAACAGCUGGUGCUGCUCCGGAGCAACCUGGAGAGCCAGGGACAAGAGUACCAGAUGCUCCUGGACAUCAAGACCCGGCUGGAGAUGGAGAUUGCCGAAUACCGGAGGCUACUGGACGGAGACACCAGCAGCAGCAGUAGUAUUUCCACCAAGACCACAUCCCAUAAAGUUGUGACCAUCGUUGAGGAGGUGGUAGAUGGAAGGGUGGUCAGUUCCACCACAGAAACCCUUAGCAACAACCUGUGAAGACCAAUGGGCUCUUUCCCUCCUCACAGAAGGGUCUGAAAUGUACCUGACCUCUGACCAUCAAAAAUAAAGAACAAAUAAAAGUCUUCCGAGGAAUUGAAA